AUGAUCGACGAAGAGGAAACGGGGGAGGAGAUGACGCUAACUGGGGCGGAGCUCUUCCACUACCUCACAAAAAGAAACCAGCAACAACUGGAAGAAACCAGGAGGAAAUUGCAGGAGUACGAGAAAUUGCAAGAAGUCUUGCAAAACCUUACGGAUAGGUGCCGCGUACCUGUUUUGGCGCCUGUUGCCGGUGGGAUGGCGUAUUUUGAGGCGACGAUGGAUUACACAAACAACAUUCUGGUCCUUCUCGGUGACGGCUGGUUUGCUGAGCGCAGUGCAAAACAGGCGCGUGAAAUCGCUGGUCGCCGUAUCGACUUUCUUUGCCGUGAGGAAUGUGCUCUUGUGGCGGAGGCGAGUGCGUUGAUGCAGCGACAGAGUUUGUUUCUCGCGGAGGUCCCCAACGCGAAGCAGGCGAUGUUGGAGGUGGAGGCAUCAAAGGAGGAUGCCCCUCACGGCUGGAGGGGAGGGGGUGGGGACUUGACGCCAACGGCCGUUGUUUCUGCGGCACCCCGAGGGGCGGAGGGGAGCGGCGACGGGGCAACGGAGGCACCGUGGCCGCCGGAGCUGAGAGAUGGGGACUUGGCGGUGAUCGAUGAGUUGGACCAACUGACCGAGGAGGAGCUGCUGGAGAUUGAGCGGGAGUUGGGGGAACGAAUUGAGGAUGACGAGCUGGUUGAGCGCAUAAUGACAGAGAGAAUUAUCGCCAAGAAGGAGAAGCGAGUGCGUGAGGAGUUGCGGAAGGGACGUGGACGAGAGGCACAACCCUCCGCGGCAGUAGAGGCUUCACAGGAACGGGAGGAAGCACAGCCGCCGCCACAUUUCUCAAAAAUUGUGACGAAUUCUUCCCCUGUCUUUGACACACCAGGGGACAUUGGCCGUGCUGCAGCCGUCGUGGUGAAGGAGGCAUCCGCGGGCGAUGUCAAUACGGUGGACGCCGCGACUUCUUCACGGCGACGCGUCAGAUUCCAUGAUGUUGUGGAUGUCGUCCCACCGGAGGGUGCGGCUACCGCUGUGAAGUUGUCUCCUGCAGGCGGUGUGCUGGAGCGACCCUCCAGCCAUAGCGUCGUGGGAGAUGUCGUGGAGCGCCAGGUGACGGUCGCACCGUCUCCCACUCUUUCUGCUGUCGCCACCCUCGCUGACACCGCGCCGAAGAGGAAGUCACUUUUUCGGAGCGAAAUUGAGCAUGGCGCGAAGUAA